AUGAGUGGAGAGAGCACGGGGCGAGAUCUUGCUCCGGAGUCCACAGACAAAGCAAUGAGUACCUCCGGUCUUCCGGGCUCAACCAGUAAGUCCCUGUGCCUGACACCGUACAUACCCAGCUGGGUAAAUGAAGUCGCUGAUGUGGUUUCGUUCAUAGAUGAGUCGCCCGAACAGGGUCGGGGAACCGAUGCGACCGAGAUCCAGGAUGCAUCCGCCGUCGCACCUUCGGACCCGGUGCCGUCUUCCGCUGAACCAGCGAAGACCGCACCGGAUGCUGCCGAGGCGGCGCAAGCUCCAAAGAAACGUGGCCUGUUGAAAAGCAUCCGAUCGCGCCGAUCCUUGAACAACAACAAACAAUCGGCCUCCGAGGCCAACGAGGCGCAGGAUCGAAGGGGUUCGAAUGUGAGUAGUGUUCUGCGGAAGCGGGGCCACAGCAGGGCUAGUAGUGGACGGUCGCGCCAGACUCAGAAUGGAGCGAAUGCGGAGAGCAAAGAAACGGAGUCCACGCCCGAGUCCAGUCCUUCAAAGCCUCAGAAGACGGGACCCUCCAAACUUCUGGCUUUCUUGAGCUGUUGCUCCUCAUCGGACAUUGAUAAUGAUGACGCCGCUCUUCCUGCGAAGAAAACCACCGUGCGACCCGAUGCUUCGAACCGACUGCCCACCCCAGACAAGGCCGAGGCUCACACCGGUGAAUCCAGCACUGCGGAGUCGAGAGAGCCAUAUUUGGAUGAGAAGGCAAACUCAACUGUGAGUGCUGAUCAAGCGGGCGAAGAACAUCGCGAUGUCCAGGCGAUUGCAGGGGGUACGCAUGAGGGACCUUCCACAGGUGUUGUUCAGCCAGAAGCUUCUGGUCAAAAGGACCAAAAAGAGGAGAUUUCGGCCCCCUCCGAAGCAGAAAAAGCGAAUGGAUCAGUGCAUGACCUGAAGGCGAACGAGCCUAUUCACGACGGGCAUGUUCAACCUGACACGGCGAAUGAAGUCGCGGCACCGACAUCAACCGAGCCAACAUCUACUGCGCCCACCAAAUCUUUCAAUACCGACGGCAACGAAGAUGUCGCCAAUCACCAAGAAGAAGCUUCGCCGCCCCCUCAAUCUGUGGCAUUGCCCCCUCCGCCGCCGCCUACUGCUCCUAUCGUGCCUUCUGUUCGAGGAUAUCCCGAAAAUAUCCCCAACCCAUUGCUACCAGCGGUUCCAGCCCACCUGAGUGGUCGAAAAUGUUUAGUUCUGGAUUUGGAUGAAACACUCGUCCACAGUAGCUUCAAGGUUUUGGAACGUGCCGACUUUACCAUUCCGGUAGAGAUCGAAGGACAGUAUCACAAUAUCUAUGUGAUCAAGCGUCCUGGUGUGGACGCUUUCAUGAAACGUGUCGGUGAACUUUAUGAAGUAGUGGUUUUCACUGCUUCAGUUUCAAAGUAUGGUGAUCCUCUUCUGGAUCAAUUGGAUAUCCACAACGUUGUUCACCACCGUCUAUUCCGAGAGAGUUGUUACAACCACCAGGGGAAUUAUGUCAAGGAUCUUUCACAAGUCGGUCGAGAUUUGAAAGAAACGAUUAUCAUCGACAACUCCCCCACUUCUUAUAUCUUCCACCCUGAGCACGCGAUUCCCAUCAGUAGCUGGUUCUCUGACGCUCACGAUAACGAGUUGCUCGAUCUGAUCCCUGUUCUCGAGGAUCUUGCAGGUACACAGGUCCAAGAUGUCAGCAUGGUCCUGGAUGUCAGCCUGUAA